AUGGCGACCAAGGGAAACUCUCUGCGCGAUCGCCAAAUAGCUUCGCUAAAAAAGAUCCUCAAUCUGAACGAGACCGUCGAAUCGUCUGAAGCCGACGAAGCCCACGCCAACGGUUUACUUGCCCCUGUUGCGCCCAUUCUCGACUCCGAUGGAAACCCAAUCUGGAAAGUCUUGGUCUUUGACGACCUUGGCCGAGAUGUGAUUAGCAGUGUGAUGCGAGUCAGCGACUUGCGGUCAAUGGGCGUAACGAUGCACAUGCAUAUUGGCGGCGCAAGGCACCCCAUUCCUGACGUUCCCGUAAUUUAUCUCCUCGAACCGAAUGCGCAAAACAUACAGGCCAUCACUUCCGACCUACAGAAGGGACUCUAUACCCCCGCUUACAUCAACUUCCUCUCCUCCCUCCCUCGUGUCCUCCUCGAAGACUUCGCUACACAGACAGCAACUGCUGGCACAUCCGAACAUAUCGCCCAGCUGUUCGACCAAUAUUUGAACUUCAUUGUCGCAGAGCCCGAUUUGUUCAGCUUGGGAAUGCAAAAGGAACACACAUACUGGGCUCUAAACAGUGCAGCUACAAGCGAUGAGGAGCUUGACCGGGUGGUUGACAAGAUCGUGAGCGGACUCUUCAGUGUGGUUGCUACUAUGGGAGUUAUCCCUAUUAUUCGAUGUCCCAAGGGCGCUGCAGCGGAAAUGGUCGCUGCGCGACUCGACCGCAAGCUUCGAGAUCAUAUCCUCAACUCUAAGGACAACCUCUUUUCAGGACCACGGCCAAAUGCGUCAUCCGGCACUCACUCAUCCCGGCCUGUCCUUAUUCUUCUCGACAGAAACAUUGACUUGAUACCCAUGCUAUCCCAUUCUUGGACCUAUCAGAGUCUGGUGCAUGAUGUCCUUAACAUGAAACUUAACCGUAUCACUAUCGAAAGUCCUGCAGAGGAAGGAAACCCGGCAAAGGGACCGACGAAGAAAGGAUAUGAUUUGACUACAAACGACUUUUUCUGGGCCAAGAAUGCAGGCAGUCCCUUCCCUCAAGUGGCGGAAGACAUUGAUGCUGAAUUGACCAAAUACAAGGAGGACACGGCUGCGAUUACGAAAAAGACUGGUGUUACGGAUCUUGAGGACCUGCAGGCUGAUACCAGCGCGAGUGCCCAGCAUCUCAAAGCCGCGAUCACAUUACUCCCUGAAAUGAGAGAGCGCAAGGGCAUUCUUGACAUGCAUAUGAACAUCCUUGCAGCUUUAUUAACAGGUAUCAAGGACCGUCAACUUGACAACUACUUCCAACUGGAGGAGAAUGUUGUGAAGCAAACCAAGGCGCAAAUCAUGGAGAUUAUCGAGGACAACAACAAGGGCACAGAACCUGUCGACAAGCUGCGACUAUUCAUUAUCUGGUUCUUGAGCACCGAACAGGAAGUUAACCGACAAGAAUUCGAAGGUUUUGAAAAGGCUCUCUCGGAAGCGGGCGCAGAUGUGUCGUGUCUGCCUUAUGUUCGACAGGUCCGCGCAACUACCAAGAUGACACAACUCACAACUAUCAACAACACAGCCCAACCAGCUCAGUCCUCAGAUCUCUUUGGGCGGUUCUCUUCAAUGUCGUCGCGUCUCACUGACCGUCUCAAAGAGUCAGGAGUUCCUACCGGUCUGUCAUCCAACUUUGAGAGUCUCAUUAGUGGUGUAAAGAACUUUCUUCCUGCCGAUCGUGACUUUACUGUCACCAAGAUCGUCGAAUCGAUAAUGGAUCCCUCUUCAGCAUCAUCUUCGGCAAUUGCCAAGACAGAGCACUUCCUUUACUACGAUCCUCGAUCCGCCAACGCUCGAGGCACCAUGCCUCCUCCCAGCGCCAUGCGAUCUGGCGGAGGAACAAACACACCUGGCGGUAUGCCUGGGUCACAAGUACCUGGACAAACCGCCAGCUUUGGUCAGAGGCGGCAAGGCUUCAGCGAGGCAGUUGUUUUCACAGUGGGUGGCGGCAGCAUGGACGAAUACGGUAACCUGCAGGAGUGGGUGAGCCGAGCUGGAGGAGAUAGGGUCAAGAAGAGAGUUGUUUAUGGCAGUACCGAAAUGGUCAAUGCCGCGGAUUUCAUCAAGGAAGAACUGGACACAUUAGGAAAGGAGGUGGCAUCGUGA